CAGUUUGAAAGAAACAGUAAAAGACACAGAUGACAGAAGAAGCAAUGAGAAGGGAGAAGAUUUGGAAAUAAAAGAUGUUGUGGAGAAUGAAAUGAAUAACCAGCAAAGUGACAUGGAUGCUAAUGGGAAUGAGAAUGAUGGAGUAGAGGACAAAGAGAAAGAUGAUGAACAAAUUAACAGUUGUAAAGAAACUGCAGAAAAGCAAGUAGAAGAGCUACGAAGGAAAGAUGUUGUGGUACUAAUAAAUCAUUUAAUUUAAAAUUUAUUUUGUUCUUUGACUUAUGAUUCUUGAUGUUUAUUUAUUGUAGGACACUCAGAUGAGUGAACAUCACAUUAGCAUGGAUGCUGAUGACAAUGAGAAUGGGGGACUAGGGGAUGAUGAGAAUCUCCAGAACAAGGACAAGGAAGAAGAAUCAAGGGAUGAUGUGACUGGGAAGGAAAAAAGCGUUGAAGGCAGUGCAGGAGAGUUAAAGGGGCCAAGUGAUAAUAAAGAAUGUGAAGAAGAAUACAGAUGGAGUGAAGAGAACACACAAUUUAUAAUGGAAUUGUGUUUAAAAGUUGAUGCGGUUGAAAAAGAAUCACGUAAAAGACGAAUGCAGGAACAAGCACAAGAUAAACAAAAAGGAAAGCG